AUGCAUGGCCGCAUUCUUUCUGACAGAACUGCUUGCCAUGUCGUGACAAUCUGCUUCUCCAACGCGCUACUCUUCUUCCUCUCCUUGUGUUGCCGCAUCCCCCUUGCUGCUGCAGGCUCGCUCCGAAACGGUGACGUGGUGGAGCCGACUGUUCUCACCAAGGGCACAGUCGCAGAGACAGGCAGUGUAUUCACAGCCGACCCUCUCGUGCUCUUCUCGUACGAUUCUGUGAAGGAGGGCUGUGGCACCCAGCUGCAGUUCCAAUCCAACUUCACCUUCUUCAUGUUCCCCACUGCUGCUGCUGCUUCUGCGAGCAACCCCGAUCGCCAGGGAGGCAACGGGCUGGCGUUUGUGAUUUCUGCGACGAAUGCAGCAGGAUCUGGCGGGGAGGGGGGAGGGGUGGGGUACGCUGGCAUGGACGCUCGGAGCGUGGCGGUGGAGUUUGACACGUUCACAGAUGCAGCGCAUGGGGACAUGCCCGGCCACCACGUGGGGCUCAACACCCGCGGCACCGCCACUUCCAUCAAGGCCGUCCGUGCUCCCUUCCCACUCAACGGUCGCAACGCCUACACGGCAUGGAUUGACUACAAGCCGGGAAGCCCCGGAACUCUGAGGGUGUAUCUCGCUCGGGAUGAUAUCAAACCUGGCGUGCCUCUACUGGAGAGCCCUCUAUCGCUGUGUGACGUGCUGCAGCCAACUGCUGCUGAACCGUCCUUCUACUUUGGGUUUGUGGCGUCUACCGUGGCCCCUUACCUUCAACAGCACGCCAUCCUGGUGUCUCUCAUUCGAACAGGGUUUUCGGUUUCCGCAAAGCCCAGUACAGUAUCCAUCGUUCCAGCCUAUGGACUAACGGUGUCGGCAGCGACGUUCCGCCCGGCUCGGGCGAGUCCGUUCACGCGGUACGUGAGUGCGUCGUACACUCUCACGCAGUCGGGGCAGCAGGACGCCUGGCUCCUCCGCGACCCCUCCUCCUGGGAUGUGACGUGGCUUAACUGGCCCGUCAAGGACCAGGACGCCUGCAGCCUGAAACCGUUCCACUCUCCUCUCCAUCCCUGUCCCAUUUGCUUCCCAGAUGCGUGCUGGGCGUAUGCAGUGGUGGCGAGCAUAGAAGCAGCAUACGGCAUUGCAGAAGCAAAAGCCGCGCCACAACUCUCAGUGGAGUCGCUCUUUGCAGCCAUGGGGCUCACCACUCAAGAAGGGAAGUGCAGCGCUGGAGGCUCUCCGACUGAUGCCUUUGAGAAGCUGCUUGCUCUGCCCAAAGGGGGAGUCGCUCUUGCUGUCAACGCCACUGCCAGUGGAGCGCCUGCAAGCACACGCAAACGAGCUGUUGUCAAGUACUACCCCAUCCAAGGCUUUGAGCGCACGCGGUUCAAGGGGUAUGUGGGGCUCAUGCUGGCAGUGCAGCGGCAGCCAGUGGUGGUUCACAUCGAAGCCUCUACGCCCACAUUUGUCGAUUAUGACGGGACGAUCAAAUACCAAGAUGCUGGCUGCUACACUGGCAGGCUGAACCACGUUGUCCUCGUUAUUGGCUACUCUGUUACAGUUGGUGAAAAGGAGAAACUGCGCAUUCCCCCUCCAUACUGGAUCAUUCGCAACUCGUGGGGAGUGGAGUGGGGAGAUAAAGGCCACAUGCGCAUGGACAUUCAGGGAGGUGAUGGCGUGUGUGGCAUCAACGUGCUGCCUGGCAUCUACCCCAUUGUCAAGAUCCCGGGCGACCCCUGUCUUCUCCAGGGCUUUAAAUUUGACCGGGAGGACUGGCCGGCCAUGAACCCGUGCGGGCGCUUUGACUGCCGCGCCAACGCGCGCCGCACCUUGUACACAUGCAACUGCAACCUGCCCCGCCCCGGGCCCCAGCCGUUUGUGGAGGUCACCAACAUGGACGCCUCACGCACCUGCGCCUACGUGGACGUGUGUGGGUCCCACACCAGCAACCCCUGUGCCGUGGGCACAUGCAUCAACGAUGGCAAGGGCGCCUACUCCUGCAUCUGCCCUCCCAACUACGCCCCCACCACCACCAUUGACAACUUCCCCACCUGCGGCCCUGCCGACGUGACAGCAACAACAGUGGCAGUGGGAGCAGACAACUGGCAGUGUGCGGACGUGCAUCCAGUCAUGGGGCUCACCCUUUCCAUCUUCACCACACUCAACAAGGGCAUUGACUGCAGCAAGCCGCUGAAGAGAGGCACAACACUGAAUAUCAAGCCCCCUUCCCCCAUUGUUGCCUGCACCACCUUUUUCUUCACUGUGAACGGAGAUACAUGUGACUCCAUAAUCAAUCGCGUGCAAAUGGCAACCGACGGCACCUUUGCAGCCCUCAACCCCGGGGUUGACUGCUCCAAGAGCCUCUCUCCUGGCCGCUCUCUGUGCCUGGAGCGCAAUCCAGAGCUCGUGAGCACGUCGCCUGUGUGCUUGCAAUACGCGAUGCUGACAGCGCAGGAAACGUGCGAGCGGCUGCUGAAAGGGUCUGUUGCCAUAGUGAAUGCGGCUGCGUGGGCCGCUCUCUACCGCAACAACCCCGGCCUCGUCUGCUCCAACACCAUCCCUGGCUCUGCUUCGGCUGCUGGGAGCAACACUGGUGUGCAGGUGAGAGGGCAGGCGGAGGGCGGGUGA